AGUUUUAUGUCUGGCGAUAAGUGUGCGGUCGCAGGAGCAUAUCAUGACCAUGAUUUCGAUUUCGAUGCAUAUCGAAGGUCGACCGAACCAACCCUGGCCACGGUCUCUUGCCUUCCUCGGGAAGACAUCGUCCGAGCUGAGUCUCCACCAGUACAAGCAUGGGAAUCUUUUUUCCAUCGACACUCCGAUAAAGCUACUUUUUUCAAAAAAAGACGAUACUUGGUAUUGGAAUUUCCGGAACUCCUGGACAAGGCUGGGGAAUACGCAGCCACAAAUAAUUUCGUCAAGUGCCGAUUGCUCGAGAUUGGAUGUGGGUACGGCUCAAGCCUUGCAGCCAUUAUGGAGGCAAACCCCGACUUGAUAUGUUUUGCCUGCGAUCUUAGCACCACAGCCUUGCAUCUAUUAGAUAGAGCGCUCGGAGACAUUUACAAGCAGCGCUUGACAGCUUUCAUCUGCGACGUGGUAAAAAAUGAUAUACCUUGUCAUCUAGUUCUUCCAGGAAGCAUGGACUUUGUCCUGAUGACUUUCAUGCUUUCGGCAAUUGGCAGGAAGGAGGAGCAUCAAGCCGUCUUCCACCGUGCUUAUGCAGCCUUACGCCCUGGAGGAUUGCUCUUAUUUCGAGACUAUGGUUGGUGUGAUGCGAAAAUGGUACGAAGCAGGAAUAGGAUCGGGCAACAGUUGUACAAACGUGCAGACGGCACGCUCGCGUACUUUUUCACGGCGGAAGAUAUCAAUCAGCUGGCAAUUACAGCUGGCUUUCAUGUACAAGAAUGCAAGUAUGCCACUGUUCUAUCCAAGAACAGAGCGACGAGAGAGGAACUCAAGCGCGUGUUUGUACACGCCAAGCUACAACGUGGCGAUGGUUGAGACAUUGUGAUGAGUUUUUGGUUAUACAAUGCGGCGUAAUAACCUGCACAAGCACCUCAGCAGGUAAAUGAUAGAUGUGAAUAAAUAUGGAUUGGCGUAGCCCACCUUCACCGAAGACAGAGUCAGGUGGAGCUGUGAUUGUAGAUCGUUU